AUGUCUUCCACUCCUCCUCAUCACAAAACGAGCGCUACGAUUUAUAAUCCAACUGUUAUGAGAGGAAGCGAAUUUCUUCUCAUUGUCAUCAGCGGAACCCUUCUCUUGCUUGUCGUCUUGAUGAGUACCACCUUCUCUCUCAUCACGGCAACAACAACAACAACAAUUCGUUCUGGUACUAACCAUAACGGAGAGAAAGAACAACCCUCUCCACUCUUCAAUUCGCAUUCGGAACAAGUGAAUGUUGAAUUUCAAAAUUACAUGAAAGAAAGGCUUGGUGAUGAGUCUUCUUCUUCCUCCUCAUUAUCGGAUGAUCAAGAAGAUGUGGUUCAAGAGGACUCCUCCUCUUCAUCAUCCUCAUGCGGACCCGUAUGUGCCAUAUUCUGUGAGUAUGGACACGUGCUCGAUGAGAGAGGUUGUCCCACCUGUGCUUGCUUGACUCCUCCUAACACGCAACCUAGCGACUUGCAACGAUGA